ACACAGCUCCUAAACCCCCCUCCCCCCCAAAAAAAAAAGCUCCUAGAUGCCUAGAAGGAAAGAUCUUUCUUCUUUUGAGAGGGCUGCCAUCAUCCAAUUCCUUCUUGAAGGAAGUCCGAAAUGGAAAACGUGCUAGAGACAAGAUAGCUGUUGCGAGGCAAAAGUGGAGCUGUUGCCAACAAACGAUUAGUCGUAUUUGGGCAGCUGCAAAUAAACAAAGAGCAAGUGGUGAAAUAAUUUUUGGACAAUUUUUUUGGAGUAAUUUUUACAAAAUAUUUAAAACAUAAAAUUUUUUGGAGUCAAGAUAGCUACGUCGGAGUAAUUUUUUUUUGGACAAAAAGAAUAUUUUACAAAAUAUUUAAAACAUAAAACAUAGGUGGAUGAAGAGAGUAUGUAUUUUAUAAAUUUUUUGAAAAAUAAGGAGUAUUAGAAAAACAAAGAGUAAAAAAAAGAAAAAAAAAAGCAAAGAGAGAGUGGAGGUGCGGGGAAUCGAACCCCGUGCCUCUCGCAUGCGAAGCGAGCGCUCUACCAUAUGAGCUACACCCCCAUUCAUGUCCAUUAGCUCUCUAUUUUACUAUAUAUUUGAUUCACUUGAAAAUAGGCAUUAUUCUUUUGUUGAAGCCAUUCGAUCACUGAGCAGACAGUCGCUACUAGAUUUAUUCUUCAUGGUUGAUGAAUCAUAACUUUUUCAGUCUUUGCUCUGCUGUGCUAUUCGUUCAUGCUAUGUCAAUGACAAGUUCGUUGAGAAAGCUCGUAACUUGCGUUAUCCUUGAUUUGGAUGGAACCCUUCUUAAUACAGAUGCCAUUGUGCACGAUGUCUUGAAGGCUUACUUGGUUAAGUAUGGAAAGCAAUGGGAUGGAAGAGGAUCUCAUAGAAUCGUAGGAAAGACACCCUAUGAAGCUGCAACUGCUAUUGUUGAAGAUUAUGAACUUCCCAUAACUACAAAUGAACUUUUAUCUGAGCUUUCUCCAAUAUUCUCGGAGAAAUGGUGCAGCAUCAAAGCGCAACCUGGUGCCAAAAGGUUAAUUAACCAUUUGAGGAGUCAUGGUGUGUUGAUGGGCUUGGCUUCAAAUUCUUCAAAGGAAAAUAUUGAAACUAAGAUUUCGUAUCAUCACGGUUGGAAAGAAUCAUUCUCUGUCAUUAUAGGUGGUGAUGAUGUCACUUCUGCGAAGCCAUCUCCUGAAAUAUAUCUUGAAGUUGCUAAGAGGCUAAAGGUGGAUGGUCCUAGUUGUCUUGUCGUUGAAGAUUCACUACCGGGUGUUGCUGCUGGUAAGGCAGCUGGAAUGGAAGUGGUUGCUGUUCCGUCUCUUCCUAAACAGUCCCAUAUUUUCACCUUGGCAGAUGAGGUGAUCAACUCCCUCCUAGACUUGCAACCUGAAAAGUGGGGCCUACCUGCGUUCGAAGACUGGUUGGAAGGUACUUUACCACUAGAACCAUGGUACAUUGGUGGUCCUGUCAUCAAGGGCUAUGGCCGUGGUUCCAAGGUGCUCGGCAUUCCCACAGCUAAUUUAUCGACUGAAGGCUACUCGGAUCUCCUCUCGGAACAUCCUUCCGGUGUUUUCUUUGGGUGGGCUGGACUAGCAACUCGAGGUGUUUACAAGAUGGUAAUGAGCAUAGGCUGGAACCCUUACUUCAACAACACGGAGAAGACAAUUGAGCCAUGGCUGCUUCAUGAUUUUAAAGAAGACUUCUAUGGCGAAGACCUGCGUCUUGUUAUUGUCGGGUAUAUACGGCCUGAGGCCAACUUUUCGUCGCUCGAGAGCUUGGUCGCGAAGAUCCACGAGGACGGGGAGAUUGCUGAGAAAGCGCUUCAACUCCCUCAGUAUUCCAACUACAGGGAUGAUCCAUAUUUGAAAGGUUCUUAGCAGAAUUGCUACUUUCUGGUUGAAAGUAACUCAUUUUUAUAGGGGAAUUGUGAUUAAAGAAACAUAUUCGUAUUAUACGAACUUGAGCAUAGUUUCGAUGGUUAA